AUGGUCGAAGCUGUGAUUGAGCUUUCUAAACGAGAGCUUCAACCCAUCAAAGCUGGUAGUUCUUCUAAACUCGAAGGGAAAUCCACCACCCAUCGCCGUAUCACUUCUCUGCCUGCUAAACGUUCGCAGCGUCCUAAUCGUAAAUCUGUGCCGAUCGUAUAUGAUGAAGAUGAGGAGUCAACAGAUGAAGAAGUUAUUAAGAAAUCGAAUUCAAAACCAAAAACCACUCGUGAAUUGACCAACAAACGUGUUCAGAGCACUACUCGUCCUCAACGCAAUGCUCGUAAAUCUGCUCCAAUUGAAAAUGAUCAAAGUGAUGAAGGCUCAGCAGUUGAACUCUCGGAUUUCGAAGGAGAAGUCGCCUCAUCCGACUUAUCCUCAUUGGAGAAUCGCUCGGGUUCCGACUCAGAUGAAACCACUUCACGACCCCAAAAGACGCGUACCAAGAGUCCAAGACGUAAAGCAAAAGGAAAGAAGUCAAAUUUGACAUGGUGGCAAAGAAAUCAACUUGCAUUAGAAAAAUAUCAUCCUGAAUUAAUAGACGUUUGGGGUGAUUUAACUCAAAAAGUUGAAAUAGUUCAAGCUAAUAAAGCUGAACAACCUGAUGGUCUUAGUUUAACUCUUUUACCUUUUCAACUUGAAGGAUUGUAUUGGAUGAAAAAACAAGAAGCUGGACCUUGGGCUGGUGGAAUGUUAGCAGAUGAGAUGGGAAUGGGAAAGACUAUUCAAACCAUCUCUUUGAUCCUUUCAGAUCGUAAAGCAGGUGAUGGGAAACAAACCUUGGUGAUAGCACCUACAGUAGCUAUAAUUCAAUGGAGAAAUGAAAUUGAAAAAUUCACUAAAGGAUUAAAAGUGAACGUAUGGCAUGGAGGUAAUAGAUCGACCGAUAAAAAAACAAUGAAAUCCUAUGAUAUAGUUUUAACUUCUUAUGCAGUUUUAGAAUCAAGCUUUAGACGACAAAAUUCAGGAUAUCGAAAAUUUGGAGAACUUAGAAAAGAAGCUUCAUUAUUACAUUCGAUUCAUUGGCAUCGAGUGAUACUUGAUGAAGCUCAUAAUAUCAAAGAUAGGUCUUGUAAUACUGCGAAAGGUGCUUUUGAACUUCAAGCCACUUUUAAAUGGUGUUUAAGUGGAACUCCUUUACAAAAUCGGGUUGGGGAAUUGUAUAGUUUAAUUAGGUUUUUAGGGGCCGAUCCUUUUGGGUAUUAUUUUUGUAAGAAAUGUGACUGUAAAAGUUUACAUUGGAUGUUCUCAAAUAAAAGGUCAUGUGAUGAUUGUGGUCAUUCUCCAAUGCAACAUGUUUGUUUUUGGAACAAUGAAAUCCUUAAACCGGUACAAAAAUAUGGAGCUUCAAUCGAAGGGUCUCAUGGCCAUACAGCUUUUAAUAAAUUAAAAGUUUUGUUAGAUCGAAUGAUGCUUAGGCGUACUAAACUUGAACGUGCAGAUGAUUUAGGACUUCCUCCUAGAGCUGUACAUGUUAGAAGAGAUUAUUUUACUGAAGAGGAAGAAGAAUUAUAUUCUAGUCUAUAUUCUGAUGUGAAACGAAAGUUUUCAACGUUUGCUGAUGCUGGUACAGUAUUGAAUAAUUAUGGUAAUAUAUUUCAACUGAUUACUCGAAUGAGACAAAUGUCAAAUCAUCCAGAUUUAGUUUUAAAAUCAAAAGUUGCUAGAGCUGCUUUUAAUAUGGGUGAUGAACAUGGAGACCUUGAUUCGAUUCAUACUUGUCGACUUUGUUUAGAUGAAGCUGAAGAUGCGAUCAUCAGUUGUUGUAAACACAUAUUUUGUCGAGAAUGUAUAAGACAAUAUUUGGAAACUGCAAGUGAAGUAGAACCAGAAUGCCCAGUUUGUCAUUUACCAAUCAGUAUUGAUCUUUCGCAAGAAGCAAUCGAUGAAGAAUCAUCAAGUAAAGCUAGACAAGGAGUUUUAGCAAGAUUGGAUCCAGGGAAGUGGAGAACUAGUACCAAGAUUGAAGCAUUAGUAGAAGAAUUGAGCAAAUUAAAUAAAGAAGAUCAUUCGAUUAAAUCCUUAGUAUUUUCACAAUUUACGGUUUUUUUAGAUUUGAUUGAAAGAAGAUUACAAUUAGCAGGAUUUAAAUUAGCUAGAUUACAAGGUCACAUGACACCUGAAGCAAGAGAUCGAACCAUCAAACAUUUCAUGAAUAACAAUGAUGUACAAGUGUUUUUAGUUUCACUUAAAGCUGGUGGAGUGGCAUUGAAUUUGACUGAAGCUUCUAGAGUCUUCAUCAUGGAUCCUUGGUGGAAUCCUGCGGUUGAAUUACAAGCUAUGGAUAGAAUUCAUCGAUUAGGUCAACAUAGACCCGUAGUUGUUACAAGAUUGAUUAUUGAAAAUAGUAUUGAAUCUAGAAUAGUUGAAUUGCAAAAAAAGAAAGAAGCCAUGACUGGAGCUGCUUUGGGUGAUGAUGAUCAAGCCUUGGGUAGAUUAACACCUGAAGAUUUGUCUUUUUUGUUUACUUUAUAA